AUUUUAACACUUCCGGUUCCAUCGCCCCGAAGUCAAUGGAUUUUUUGAAUGGGAUUUUGGUUAAAUGGCUGAAAUAAGGUCUGUGGUGAACACAAGCUCAAGACAGUUUCACGUUUUAUUCUACAACAUAAAAUGCAUCAGUAUUACCCCACUUAUUACCCCACGUGAUUUUUUUUUAAGCUGUUAUGUGUCUUGAAAAAGGCGGUUGCUAACAAGUGGCUAAAUGGGACUACACAGGCAGUCGGGGACAUUAAUUAUCAUCACUCUGAGAAGUCCUCAGGCAGAAACAUUCACCCUCUCAAGGUGGCACGUCUCAACUGUUUCACACGAAGAUCUGUUUCAAGACAGCCAUCAAUAUCUGGACGCUUGAGGACUACAGAGAUCUUCAGAGGGAAAGACACUAUCUUCAUUGGGAUCAAACGCAAAACAAAAAUACUAAUCCAAUGAAUCUACAUGUGAACUUUAUUGCUUUCUACUUGCUCAGGUCAGCCAGAUGAACACACACAUAACAGCCCACAAAGCCAAGGUAAGGCAUCAGUGCUUCUUCCUUAUCCUGUGCUUUCAUUUGGUCUGUGCUGGUGUGCCAGGUCCAUGUAAGCACUCUGUCACACAGGACCAUCUCCUGAAUUUAAAACGUCUGAUUAAGAACCAGCUGCAAAAUGGUUGUUCAAUAACCUACACUUUCACUGAACGCCAGAACCUGAGUGUUGUGUGUUAUGUUAAAGCAGCAUUUCCUCACAUUCUGGAGCUACUCAACACCCAAUUCAGCUAUGCUAAGGACUCCGACAAUUAUCGUUACACUAAUUCACUGAAGAACUUGAUCUACAACAUUUACUCCCAGAGAUGCAUCCCUCCAAUCAAUGAGGAGAUUGAGGAUAGCCCAACGAAGUUCAUAAGAAUCCACAUGACUUUGCCCAGGGCAGCUUUGGAGAAAGCUGAGGAAGUGAUUCGCAUGUAUAUGGGUCUAAUGACUCAGAGCGACAAGCCUGUGGACUGGAACUGUGAGGAGGAGUACACAGAGGAUUACCCAGAAUCCACCACUGAACCUCUCAGCCAAACAGCAGGUGCCUCUGAAUGCCCCUGCAUUUGUCCAACACUGAGCAGUGGAUCAUCUAGGACAUCUACAUCCACAAGCCAUUGGAAUAUUUAUUUGAAAUCUACUCCAUCCCCACAAAGAUCAUCUUUUUCACCUGUGGUAACCUUGCAGGGUGGUAAUGAGAGAACUAAACAAUUCAAGUCUGCUGUCCCAGUAGCCAAACACCAAACACUAGCUCCAGGGACACCUACCACAUGGAGAUCAAUGCAAGGACAUUUACCCAACUUCCUCUUUGGUAGCAAUCCAGCUUUACCUGAAGAAACUUCAAAUUCAGUGAUGCAAAAUAUGCCAUCAUCGGAUCUUUUCCCUUCAUUUACAAAUUCUAAGGAUGUAUUUCCGAGCAGAACUGACUCAACUGUUCAGUCAACUGCAUCUGGCCCCUAUCAAAAAAACACAAGAGAUAACACACAGGACAGUGUGGAGAGGAGCACGCCGCUUUUACUUGCCAAGAGGUCUUUAGAUUCUAAAAGCCAGAAAGGACCAUCCAGUUCCUAUGUGAAAUUAUCCCAGAACAGGGUUACUGCAACAUCUGAGCCAACAUAUAAAGAUAUAAAGAGUACAGAGAUAAAAGGCAAGUCUUUCCAGACAAGUAAACACAUUGUACCAGUCACAACCACAGUUAUGUCUUCUUUGAAAGCAGCUGCACAUUCAUCAGGUCUGAGCAUCCUUGUUGAACAGCCAGGUCAUCUAAACAGCCCUCCUGAAAAUUUCCAAACACACACCCAAAGUCCGGUGAGGAUGCCAAGGAAUUUCAUUGGAACCAUCCAUGAGGCAAAGCUCAGCAGGGACAGCAAAUCCCAGGAGGACAGGAAGGGGAUGAAAGACCAGACUCAUCCAGACAGAGAAACACAGAGGAACUCUGCCACAGAAGAAUCAUCCAGCAGUUCAAUCAUCUCUUUUGACACUGUGCUCAUAAUUACUCUAGGGUGCGGUGGACUUCUGCUCAUAACUGUCCUAUUUUACAGACAGCAAAAAGUAAGUGACCCACAGUGGAUUUUUGCCCUGCUGAAAAGACCCGGUUAGACUGGCCUCCUCGUCAGAGCUGGUGUGGUGUUGGUCUAGCCUAAGAAGCCUUCUGGGACCAGUAGACAAACAUAUGCUGGUGACUAGCUGGUGGUCUUUUCAGCAGGGUGUCCCAAGCAGAAAAAUCAACAUUCUUUAAAGUUUCCAACAUGAAGGAAAGACACAUCAAAAAGAACAGAAAUCCAGAGGUGAUGGAGUUAAUUAUUUAUUCAAAACAAACCGUAAAUUGAGAGAGAAAAUAUCAGCAGGUUGCAUUUUCUCAUUCUGUAGCCUGUAUGGAUUUAUAAUAUGUUUUAAAUGUCAAAGGAUGUCUACAACCAGGAUGUAGUACUGGAACAGGAAAUUAAUUAUCUGACAGGUGGUCCAUUGACAUGAUAAAUGAAAUAUGAAAAUAUUUCAAGCAUUCUUGCACAAACUAAACCUGACACAUCCAUCUUGUUCUCUUUGCACAUUUUGCCCUGGCAAACUAUUCAUGGCAUCUUGAAUGGAAAAUAUCGAUAAUUCGUAGAAAAAGAAAAGAGAGCUAAUUUUUCUUUCAUGUCAGGUCAAGAUAAUACAAAUAUAAAUUGAGUGUAUAUAAAUAAAUAAAUAUAUACUGUAUAUACAGGCCAGGUGGGAUGAAGCCACAUUCUUCAUUCAAAUAACAUUCAUGGAGCCACACUCAUUAUUCAAAUAAUUAUUCUAAUGAUUUGCUUGGCUCACAUUGAUAAAAGGAAACUAACAACAAUAUAUUUUGUGCACUACUAAAGAACAAAUGAGUAAAACAAAUCAAAGAACCUGUUGAUGUUGGUGCUUUGUGGAACAUGGAACAGUCAGCAUUAGCAGUGUGUUUGUCCUUAAAACUACCCAUUUACAAUAAAGCAAUCUUAUGUUA